GACAGGGCGGCGGUGUCGCGCGCCGGCGCGGUGCUUAUGCUGACCCACAAACCGUGGCAAACAGACAAGCACACGGCGGCCGCGGCGGCGCUUGUUGUGUUGCGGCGGUUGCGGCCCGCCUGCUGUCGACACCGGCGGCAGAGCGCGCGGCCUUCGGGUCGGCGCCGACGUCGGACUGGGACCGGUUGCCGGAAGAGACCGGCGGAGGGUCGCCCCGAAUUGAACGCCGUGAAUGACGGAGGUCGUCAGUCGAUUGCGGCGAAGAGCAGUGUUGUUUGUCGUUGGUGUUUGGCGAGUUGUGUCCGGACGGCCUGGUCGCGGUUGCGGUCAGCAACUCGGCCGUCGGCCCUGGUCGGGGUCUGAGCCUGACCCGCGGGCGGAAGCUGUAGGCGAAGGCCCCGCCCGACCCAUCACUUGCAGGCCGUCUACUACCGGACCAUGCCCCGGUACCCGUACCUGCAGGAGAUGAAAGAUAAGCUCCUCAACUCCAGCGGCAAACCCGAAAUGGAGGAAAAGAACGUGGAGACAGUGGAGCUGGGGGAACCCUGCGUGUCAGUGAUCAAGAUGACCCCGGACCGUUUCGUGCCAAGUGCGAUCGAGCCAGCCACGCCCAAGAAUCCAAAGACAGCGUGCUUUCGGAUUUUGUCGUUAGUGUACGCAAAGCUUCUGGUAGUGGUAUGCAUCGCCUUUCUCAUCUCCGAGAUCAUCACAGACAGUGUGCCUCUCUACUUCUACGAGGCGUUCUUUACUUACCUCUACGGCGUCAGCAUCCUGUUCCUGCUGUACGUCUUCAUCUAUCUGCUACACGAGAGUAGCACCAAGGUCGGCAAGAAGAAGGACACCUCGGGAUGUUGUGGAAAGGGCUGCUCGUGCUGUCCGCGGUUGGGCCGCCGCCGGCCGCACUCCGGCUUUUAUGAGGUUAACGACGGCGCUGGCCCGUCCUCCGACAAGAAAGCCAAGCCACCUGCCGACGUGAACCUGAACGACGGCGGCGGCGGCGGCGGUGGCGGCGGCGGCGGCGGCGGUGGGGGCUCGCCGGAACGGCUGACCCGCGAGAGCCGCCCCUACAAGACCAAGACGAGCGACAAUGACCAUAGCCACGGCGGCUUCUUCCUCCGCAUCGGCGCCAUCGCUUUCGGCCUGGGCACGAUGGUGUACAACGGCUUGGAGCUGGGCUCGUUCUUCGAGAUCCCGCAGGACUCGGACUGCUGGCAGAUCUUGAUGGCCGUCAACCCGUGUCUUCAGGCCGCCUUCACAUUUAUGCAGAUGUACUUCAUCUUCAUGAACUCCAGGCUGAACAUCCACAAGUUUAAGGUGGUGGCGCGCUGCGGCCUGAUGCACGUGGUGGCGACGAACAUCUGCGUGUGGAUCCGCACGCUGGUGCGCGAGAGCCUGCGCGUCUACACCGACCACAGCCGGGCCACCGGUGGCCAGCGGACCGAAGACUUCCUGAUCCUAG